AACGGCCCCACCAUGCGUUUACAGCGCACACGUUUCAUUUCUCUUUCUUUCUCCCCCUCUGCACAGCAUGGCUUCGAGUCGAAGACCGCCCCAAGCUCCGCUUCUCUCGAGUCGCGUCUCUAAUGGACCAGAUUUCCCCGGAGGCUAUCCCAGGGACAGCGUUGUUUUCGCGACAAACGCGUGGGAGAAGCCAGCCAAGAAUCCGCAGGGCGCGGCAGCUUCUGAAGCUAACGGAAUGGGAUUGUUGUCGACGGCUAAAUCCUACCUGCCGCAGAACCUCAACAUAGGCAACCCGGCGUCGUAUUUCUCUUCUGCCCACAUCUCCGCCCCCGAGUCGAAGAAGACAGAGGGCACGGGUCCGUACAAAGAUUCACUGCACACGCCUCAUCCUCCUUCUCUGAACACGGAUGGAACGGUCUACAGCGACUUUAGUACACGCGCUUUCCUCGGAUCUUCACGCUCCACCACGCCUGUUCCAUCUGACGUAGCACAUGCUUCCCCCUCCCAACCCUCGACUCCAGGCGCCUCAGUAGAGGCUGCCUCGCCCCAUGUCAGAGCGGAAACACUUGAUUCCAACGCGGUUGCGACGCCGACGCCGCAGCAGCAACCUGUAGUCGAGUCCUCGGGUCCCGAGUCGCCUCGCCAGGUAGUGGCUCUUCCCAGCGUCGCACCUUUCGCAACCGCAUUUGUCAACUCCGUACCCAAAUCCAAUGAAGCGCAAUCUCCCCCUGUCGCAGCUGCGCAGACCUCGCAGCCACCCCUCCCCGUAUCGCCGUCGACGUCGUCCAGCAGCAGCAGCUCUGGCCGCGAGACGACGCUCUCACCUCCGUCGUCCCCCGAAGUCGCACCACCGCACCACCUGCCUACGCACCACCGCUUCACACUCCGCCGCAAGCACGGACGCGAUUCGAAUGGCAAUGGGGCGACUGGACACGCCAAAGGCGUCAGUGUGGAUUUCGCUUCUCCUUCCGGUCCGGUUCCCGAGUCGCCCCGUCGAGCGAGUCUGGAUGAGCCUCAGCCUCAGCACCAUUCGAUUCUGUCCUCGCAGCCAAAACGUUCCUGGAUACGUAAUCUGCGUGGAGAGGUCAAGGUUCUGUCUGGUCGGAUGCGGCAUGAUCAGCGGAAGAUCGAGGAAGGCAGGAAGAUGAUGAGUGGGGACGCUGCCUAAACCUCUUUGACAACCGCGUGGUACGAUACCCCGUAUGACAACUAGCUCGCUUCAUGAUCGAGCGUAAAAGCUGGACUUGUAACCUAUCUACUUAUCCUUCCAUCGUUGGCUGUACAGUAUGCAAUUUGUUUGUCCUCAAGUCCGUGCAUGCAUUCCGACCGUCUCUGCUAUCCCAACCUGUGCAGGCUCUUUUGGAUGUGAGAUAUCUUCAAGCUUGCCGAUGGAAGAUCGUAUCGAAGCACGGUGAGCCCGCCAGCCCUCAGAGGCCAACGCACUACUGCGUUUUCUGGAUAAUAGUACAUUUGGAUUGUACAGUGCGUUGCUCGUAACAACCUUCACGCCCAUCGCUGAACAACAACACUGUUUGCCAGACCUGCAGCCUCGAUCGUCGCAUCCAUGUCGUCCAGCGUCCUGUUAGGGAACGUUGUCCCGAUGGUGUAGUGCCUCGUCCGGUUCUCUGGACGGGAUCUAGCAGGUUGGGCGGGUUGCACAGAUCCUGCACGGUGUGCGUCAGGUUCAUCCGGCACACCAUCCGUGUUCCAUCGGCCAGGCGGAGCUGAAUGCUCGUCGUGGGUAGGGAAGAGUCGACCUCGAAUCGGGGACUGGCGUUGCCGCGCGGAG